UGUCUGGUUUCUUGGAUGGCACGCCGCAGCCUUUCGAUCUGCUCCUGCAAAUUAACGAGGGGGGAGUGACAACGUUAACAUGCCGUACCCUAGUUUUCCAACAAACAGUGAUUGGGAACACCUAUAAAGCUUGGUGUUUGUGCAGGUAAAAUAGCAACACUGAAGACGUAUCAGACUGGCAAAGAUGGAGCGGAUUAUCCUCUUGUGCCUGGUUUUCACCUGUCUCUCGGCCGUGCACGCUCAGAAAUUUUUGUUCAGCCCAAAAUGGGGACCCAUUGGCUACAAAGAACGUGAGGAGCAUGACCGGACAGCUAUGGAUGAAAUCAUCAAAGCGAAUGAGUUCCAUGCUUCUCGAAUCAUAGACGGCACCACCAGCCUCAGAGAGGGAGACAUUGCUGUGUCUGCUGGAAGACGCUCCAAAGUCUGCUUCGCUCGCAGCUGCCUCUGGGCUAAGUCAGUGGAUGGACAUGUCUACAUUGCAUACAAGCUCUCACCUGAAUACACUGAAUCGGAGACAAAGCUGAUAAAAAAAGGGAUGGAGAACAUAGAGAAAGGUACCUGUGUGCGCUUUGUUCCUCGGACUCACCAGCGUGACUACAUCGACAUCCAGCCAAAAUCUGGGUGUUGGUCCUACCUUGGUGCGCGUGGUGGAAGACAGACCGUGUCUCUCCAGAGCCCUGGCUGCAUCCAGACUGGAGUGAUCGCCCAUGAGUUCAUGCAUUCCCUGGGCUUUGUGCACGAGCAGUCUCGCUUUGACCGGGACAACUAUGUCACCAUCAUGUGGCCAAACAUUUGGAGGGAUCGGUUGAGGAACUUUGAGAAAUUCAAGACCGACAAUCUGGAACUACCAUAUGACUACGGCUCAAUCAUGCACUUUGGGAUGUAUGCCUACUCUCAGGAUGGGGAGCCAACCAUCAUUCCCAGGAACACCCAGAACAGCAAGGACAUAAAGCUGGGCCAGGCGUCGACUCUCAGCCACAUCGACAAGAUGAAAAUCAACAAGCUUUAUAAAUGCGGUGGCAAGGAUGAUAACUAACCAAACUGAACUGGAGGUGCUGAGCGGCAAAAUAACAUACGGAUGUUAAAUCAUGGAAAUAAUUUCAAUAAAGAUUGAUUCAAGCUUUUUAUCAGCAUUACCUCUGUGUGCAUGCAGUCAUGUGUUUGAGCAAGAUGUCGCUGAUGUUAAGGUUAAGAAAUUGAGCAGAGGUGUCGUAGAGAUGUAGUCCUUAUCCACCCAAUAUAUACAGAAUACAUGAAUCAGAAUAGAUGACUUGAAUGUAAAGGAAAUGUAAUUCUUCUAACAUGUACGCUUGCAUACACAAUGCUGCCAUAAAAUAAACGUUUUUGAAGAAUUAAA